GACGUCGAUCACAAGUAGCACUAAUACUGCAAGUACUACAGUACCACAAGUAGUACAGUAGCUACAGUAGCCAGCAUAUUGGGAAGGCAAAGGGAUCACCACUCUCUCCAAUCGCGGCGCCACUCUCUCCAAUCGCGGAUUAUUUCGCAACUUCCCACUCUUAUCCCCUCUUUUAAGGGACUCCCUCCAGUAGAGUGAAGGAGCUGAUUGGGCAGGCAGAUCGGAAAGAUCCUUCCUGCAAGCGGCGUCUAAUAUAUCUUUCCCAUCUUCCCCAUCUUUCCUCCCUCCUCCUCCCCAUCUUCCCCUUCUCCUCGUCUGCUAGAGAGAUCGGAAGGUUCUUCCCCCCUCUCUCUUCCCCCCCCCCUCCCCCUCUUUCCCGCCCCUAUUAGCGUCUCCCAGAGCCGCAGAGGUUAGCAGCAGCUUGCACUUGUGCUCGCCUAGUGUGUGCCACACUGAAGCCUUCACGAGGGGGCAACCAUGUUCCCACUAGCAACCUCUCCCUAGUACCGUGUCUCCAGAAGAAGCCUCCUCCUAGUACCAUCAUAGUCGCGGACCAGCAGCGGCAAGCAGCUGCACUCUCGGUAUAUAAUGGCUGCCAGAAAACUGCAUCGCCGUGCCAUUCAGUGUGCUACUAAACUCUCAGCCUCCGGUUUUUCUCCUCUCAGAUACCCUUCUCAGGUGCUCCUUAGAGUCAGCCCGUCACUCGCUUCUAUUGACGCUUAUAAUCCAACGCCUAGGCUCCCGCCUGCCUCAAUUCGUUCGUUUGCCCUCUGGUGGCUCUCUGGUGGCCACUCUUCUGCCAUACAGAUCUCCUCAUGCUGGUCUAAGACGUCUUCACUUCUCUUCUCUUCCUUUUGCGGGUCCUAAGAACGCCCGACAUCAAAAUCAUCCUGCGCUUGUCUCUGCUGCCUGUCUUUCUCCUCCAAACCCAGUUCCUACUACUGCUACUCAGUCCACCUCAGUCCACCCCUCCCAGCUGCCUCAGCGCCAAAUCUCAAUCUCAACGUGGAUACCAAUUUCGUCCCAGGCUCUUCCCAAUUUCUUCCUUGAUUUCACUCUCUCAUCCAUGGCGGUCGCUGAAUUCCCCAGCCACCAUAUGGAGUCGACGCUGAUUGGCCGGAUUCCACACGGUGAUGACACUUUGCAUGGCCAAGCGGGUUUCCCAAGUCUCAGAUUCAGCCAAGACUGGCAGCAGCGGCACCAGGAGCACCAGAAGAAGGCGCAUGACAUGUGGCGGGAGUUGCAGCAGAAGCGGCCUGCCAGGUACUUUUGGCAUGGAGUGGCGAAGAAGCAGUGUUAUCGUUCGAGCGGAGUGCAGAACUCUCUCCCUCCACACCUGAUGGCCUACUGCCCUGCUGCUGCUGACACUGCUGUCACCGCCGGUGCUGCUACUGUACCUACUACCGCUGUCAUGGCUGCUCUCAUUGUUGGGUCUGGUGAUGGUUCCAGUGUUGGAGACAUCCAGAGUACCUCUCCCCACGGUGGAGCUGUGAGUCCGGCACACGACACGGGCUGUGCCACGUGGCAGCCAGAGCCAGCCAUUCAGGGCCUGCAGCAUGCUGCUGUCUUCCCCUGCAGCUUCGGCCCUGAGGCGGGUGUUGGCGAGACCUCCUCUAGGAGCACCCACACUCCCUUUCCCCACGUGUCGGUUCUCCAUGGUUGUGCAGUCUUCCCUCUCUCAUUCACCCACCCUACAUUGGGCUGCCGUACCCCAUCCUUUGCAGGCCUCCUGAAUUCCACGUCGCCCACCCUGCAGCACCACCGCUGGGUCUUUUCUGCUCCUGCUACCUCUGCCGUCUGGUCCCCCUACAAUUGCUCGGUUCCCCCAUGCCCCCCGUGUCAAAUUAGAGAAGUGAAUGGAUGAUAGAGUGAGAGUACACACAGAUAUACCUAAGUGUUGUACCCUCUAAGACACGACCCUAUACAGUCUAUACA